GUUUUUUUUGCUUAACAAUUACGUCCAAAAUUAUUUAUGUAUUUUUACGAUUCUCAUAACAUAAACCGGUUUUUAAUUGAAACGAUUUUAGUUUGUGCAUUGGAAUUGUUGGAGAAGUUAUAGUAUUACAACAUAAAUUAAAAUGGGUGUCGAAGAUAUUGCUGAAGUUAAGAAGCCCGAUGCCCUCCUUGGAGUACGCCACCUGCAGGCGUUGUUAUUGUUUUUUGCCAUGCUGCUUGCAUUUUCGAUGAGAGUGAACAUGAGCAUCGCCAUAGUCGCUAUGACUGAUUCAAGUAAUGAAGACUAUUUUGAUUGGAAUGUCCAAAUUCAAAGCGUGAUUCUUUCUUCGUUUUUCUGGGGCUACGUAGUGCUGCAGAUUCCUGGCGGUGAGCUGGCUGCUAGAUUCGGAGGAUCGAUUCUCAUUACUCUAUGUAUCGCCAUCAACUCUGCUAUUUCACUGCUGAUACCUCUUGGAGCCCAUUACGGAGGCUGGAAACUGGUAUGUGCCUGCCGUGUCCUGCAGGGCUUGUCCCAGGGUUUUAUAUUCCCUUCAGUGCAUAACCUUAUAGGGAAAUGGAUACCUCUGGAAGAGAAAAGUCGCUUUGGAACAUUAAUAUAUUCGGGUGGUCAACUGGGAACAGCAAUACAGUUGAUAAUUUCAGGAUAUUUAGCCAGUUAUUGGGGCUGGCCAGCUAUAUUUUAUACGAAUGGAACUCUUGGAGCUAUAUGGACUGUGGCAUAUGUUUUCUUGGGUGCUGACUCUCCGCGGAACUCGAAGAUGAUCAGUGAUGCCGAGCGCUUAUACAUCCAGACCUCGUUGGGCCAAGUUAAAGAGCAAAAGAAAUUAAAAACACCGUGGAAGGCAAUUUUAACAUCUUUACCAUUCAUCUCUUUAAUAAUUGUUCACUGUGGCCAAAAUUGGGGCUUUUGGACACUCAUGACGCAGAUGCCUUCUUACAUGAAGCAAAUUUUGGAAGUUGAUAUUAAACAGAACGGAGUGAUGUCAGCUCUACCGUACUUGGCAAUGUAUCUGCUUAGUUUCCCCUUUGGAUACUUAUCAGAUUAUAUUUUGAGGAAGAAUUGGUUCAGCAUUACUACUAGCAGGAAGAUUAGCAAUUCUAUUGGUCACAUGGGCCCGGCGAUAGCUCUAAUCGGGUUAUCGUAUUCCCCGGCCGGCAAUGUAGCGGUGGCUGUGGCACUACUUACCGCUGUCGUCAGUUUGAACGCAGGUCAUUACACAGGAUAUUUGUUGGUACACAUCGACAUGGCACCAAAUUUUGCGGGCACUCUUAUGGGCAUCACAAACUGCAUAGCAAACAUAAUAUCAAUCAUAGCGCCAUUGGUCGCCGGACUCUUGCUACAAGAUGAGACCGACCCAGCAGACUGGCGUAAAGUGUUCUAUGUAUCGUCGGCUGUUUACAUCAUUUGUAACCUUUUCUUCGUUAUAUUCGGGACCAGUAAAAAACAAAAGUGGAAUGAAUCAGAAACUGAUAAUGGUUCAACAGAAAAGGCAGAAAAAGUCGUAUAAUAAUUUAUUGUUCCUGAUAAAUGUAAAUACUAAUAUAAGAUUACUUUAUUAUUGUUAUUGGUAAUCAAAA